AAAGAUGGCCUUCACAGCAUCAUCCAUCGCAUCAAGACUGCUGAGCUAGCUCACUGUCUUCACACCAACUACGCUGAGCGGGACUCUUUUUCCAGUGAAAACCAGGAAAGGCCCUAUGCUCAGAGCCCACUGCAACAGGCGAGCAUCAAGCAGCAGCUUGUCAAUGUGUAUGCUGCGGGAACUGGAGCUGCCAAGGUCUGCGUGGGAAGACAAAGGGGACAAGGUGCAGGAUCUGGGGCAGAACCAGACCAAGCCGAAGACGCAUAGCCAGAGCCCGGCCCUGGCCCCGGCUCCAGGAGCCAGGAACGUUGCUGUGGUGAACUUGUGGAGAGCGUUGAACGUUGAGGGAACAAAGACCAGGACGAGCAGGGAUGAGGACAGCCACUCCUGCCAGGCCCUGUGUGAGGCACGGACCAAACUUCAGCAGGCGGAACGGACCAUCGGUGAAAUGAAGGUGCAUCUCCGACACCUGCAAGCCGCUUUAAAGACUGAGCAAGAGCAUGUGAUCGAGUGUCAGACGACCCAUGCGAAGACGGCAUCGCCGGUACUUCACCCGAGAGACGAGGAGACCAACACGGACACAGAGAGCAGGACAGAGGCCCCACUGCUACUUAACACCAGAGACGAGGAGACCAACACGGACACAGAGAGCAGGACAGAGGCCCCACUGGUACUUAACACCAGAGACGAGGAGACCAACACGGACACAGAGAGCAGGAAAGAGGCUGCUCUGGUACUUAACACCAGAGACAAGGAGACCAACACGGACACUGAGAGCAGGACAGAGGCUGCUCUGGUACUUAACACCAGAGACGAGGAGACCAACACGGACACAGAGAGCAGGACAGAGGCCCCUCCGGUCCAGGAACUAGUCAGGGCCAGGGAGGUAAAGGAUGCGGCUGUCGGCCCGGACUUGGACAAGGAUAACGCCCGCAGAGACGCCGCGGAGAGGCAGGGGGUUGCACACGGUCUCACCGCUGACGGACUGCUGGCCAGCCUGAGGAAGAUGGAGGCUCUGAUCAGCGGAGCCCUGGAGACGGCGGAGGGGGUGAGGCAGAGCGAGCAGAGGGUUAGCCUGGUGAGGGAGAGGAUGGAGAGCAUCGCCCAGAAGGUGAGGGAAGCGCUGGGGAGGGCAGCGGACACAGACCUCCAGCUGAGCGCCCUGGAGGCCAGAGGGUUGGAAGGGGAUCAAGCCGUGCUAACAGCUCCCAUUGCGUCACAAUGCCUUGUAUCAAUAACGGCUGAUUCUACAGUGACCGCUGACACAGGACCAACAUACACUGGGCCACUUGCAAGUCCCCCUCCACCUCCGUCUCCUCCUAUGUCUCAAGAAGCCAUUGAGCAGCCGCUCACAAACGCAGAUGACAAAGCACAAGAGAACAACAACGUGCAGAAGCAGCAGGAGGAGGAGCGGCGACCUAUCGGCUCCGGGGUUGGACUGAGCGGGCGUAAUCCGGAGAAGACCUGUGAAGCUCCGUGUGUCGCUGAGGCCCCCUUUAUCUUCCCCCACACCCGCUCCCGCCCCACCCAGCUCCCUACCAUGCCCACCCUCCCAGAGGAAGAGGAGGACUCCCCAGAAGAGGUCGACAGCUCCUCUAGCUCGCCCAGCACGUACGUGGCAGGGGAGAGCCAGGCGGUGGUCAUGACGGCACCCACCAUUGUGUUCCCGCAGAAGGCCACGGUGGUGCUGCAGGAGGGUCACCCACUGGACCUGGCCAGACCACACAGUCCACGGAGUCGCUUGUCCAGAACCUCCCUCUCUGGGACGCCCAUUACCACCGUGGACAGCGCCGGCCAGGUGAUCGACCUGGUGAAAGAUGCGCUGCAGGAGCCCCAGCUGUCCGAGGAGGAGCGCCUGAAGAACCUGGAUCUGCUGGAGCAGGCCAAGAAGGUCAGCGACCGCUUCCUCACGCGCCGGGGACGUAGGUCCACCUGCAGCCUGACCGAGGCCCCCACAGGACUUACUCCAAAUCCAACUCCACCACCCUCGCCAUCUAGAGCUGUAGGAGCAGCAGAGGUGAGCUAUGCUGCUACACAGUCAGCCAGUCCGGUGAAGGACCAGCCCAAUGUCCCAACUCAGGAGCAGGAGGGCGCCCGUCUCUUGGUGGACUGGAAGCCGGCGGAGAAGAGAAAGGUGUCCUCUGGCACCCUAACGCCGCGCUACGCCGUCCAGAAGGAGAACUGCGACCCAUCCCUGGCCAAGAAGAGCAUCACCGCUCCCGCCUCUCCGGUGGCUGCCGCCGCUCUGACCGCCGGGGGCCGCCCGGAGGAGGGGACCUCGGGUCCCGGACGGAGCCCCACCCAGGCCCCGGCCACAGGGGUGGCCAAGCCCGUCCCCCGGCUGCCCACGCAGCAGGCGCCGUGCACGGCCGAGAUCAAGACCAUCGGGGCCUUCCCCCCGUUGAUGAGGGCCGUGUCCUGGGACACCGUGGGCACCCUGAACAGCAGGAACGGAGCUCCGCCCCCGGGCCCCGGUCCUGAAGAGGUCUUCACCUUCCCGGAUAAGUCCCGGGACGGCCAGUCCAAGCAGUCGGGGUACAAGGACUUCCCCGCCCAGCCCGUCGCCACACAGAAGCUUUCCAAACUUCGAGAGGAGCACAAGCUACUGCGCAACCAAAGCAUUGUGGGGUCAACGUUACCAGAGUUGAGUGAGACAAGUGAACACGAAAAAGGUCUACCGUCGCCUACCUCUCCAGGCGGGGAGGAUGUGAAGGAGAAGACUGAUUCCAUGCCCAACAUCUCAGACGUGAUGCUGAGGAAACUCAAGCUCCACCGUGGCCUGCCUGGCUGCGCACCCCCCCUCACUGAAAAAGAAGUUGAGAAUGCCUUCGUCCAGCUGUCCCUGGCCUACCGGAACGAUAACUACACCCUGGAGACACGCAUGAAGCAGGCGGAGCGGGAGCGCCACCUCACCGAGGAGAACACGGAGAAGGAGCUGGAGGAGUUCAAAGGAGCUCUGAAGAUGACCUCCCCCCAGUGGCAGAACCUGGAACAGCGGGAGGCGUACCAGCGGCUGAUUGAGACGGUGUCAGUACUGCAUCGCCUGGCCACCAGGCUGUCCAGCCGGGCUGAGAUAGUGGGGGCCGUGCGUCAGGAGAAACGCAUGAACAAGGCCACAGAAGUGAUGAUGCAGUACGUGGAGAACCUGAAGAGGACUUAUGAGAAGGACCAUGCAGAGCUGAUGGAGUUCAAGAAGCUGGCCAAUCAGAACUCCAUCCGCUGCUAUGGAGGAUCUAUUGACACUGGAGAUGAUGGGGUUCCCCGACCAUCAAGAUCCAUGUCCCUCACACUUGGAAAGGCGCUGCCGAGACGCAGGGUCAGCGUGGCGGUGGUCCCUAAGUUCAACCUCCUCAACAUCCCGGGUCAGACCCCCGCCGGACCCAUCCCCGCACCCUCCUACGGCCCCCCGCCUCCGUCCGCAGGCGCAUCCGGACCCCUCGGUGGGGCCGCUCUCCCUGUCCUGUGUGAGGCGACGGAUUCAAAGGGCAACGCUUCUCCUGUUGAGGCCGGACAGCCAACAGAAAGUGGAAGUAGGGUGUCAGCGCCGGAGGGUGAGCCGGCUGCUCCGGCAAAGCCUGCGGUCAACGUGGAGGAGCUCCGGGCCGAGAUCAGGGCUGAGCUCAAGGCUAAGAUGGAAGAGGAAUACUAUAAUAAAGGAUAUCAAGAGGGACUAAACAAAAGCAAGGAGAGCCAAGAGAUUUGCGAGGAGCCCGAGAAAGUCCAGGCAACCUUGCUGCAGUCUGGGAACAAAGACGAGGAAAGCGGGAAACGCAGCAUGGCAAAGAAGUCCAGCAGCAAGAUGGAGGAGGUUCUUGUUCUUCUCGACCGCUACUGGCCCAAGAUUUCCUGGCGACAUCGACCCUUUUGGAUUGCCCUGACACUGUGCCUGGUGAUCUUUCUGGUGGUCAACGUUUUUACAUACUUAAAUGGAUACAACAACAGCCAUGUGGACUCAGCAGAAAAGGCAUUGGUGCAGGGCAAGAAGAAGAUCUUUGGACUGACCGUGGCGGCACAGCCGAAGAAUCCCACCACAGAAUAACCAGGAGAAACUCAUUCCUUUCAUUCCCCUUGAACCGUCCAAUGAUGGAAGCGUCUUCCAUAUCCUCACAUUAUAGCGGAUGGGAAUCUAGAACUCUUUGUAGGACUUUGUGAUUAAAGGGUGUAGGCUUGGGAGCUUUAAAAAACAAAAAAACAACCAAAAAUAAUACAUACAUAUAUAUAUUCUUUUUUUUAUAUAUAUAUAUAUAUAUAUAUAUAUAUAUAUAUAUAUAUAUAUAUAUAUAUAUAUAUAUAUAUGUAUAUAUAUAUAUAUACAAUUCUUCCCUAUCGCUUACAAUAUAAUUUGGAUCACAAACUUACCAAAUGAAUGCAGUUGGUAAAGGGAUACUCUGUGUUAAGGGACCAAUAACAGAGUACGAUUCGUGCGGUUAUAUAUUUAUUUGCUGUAUCAGAUGGAACUCUGAAUGAUAACCUAUUGGAUUGCUACUUCAAUACCACACUUUAGACAGGAGACAGCAUGUACAUGUCAACUCUUAUAGUGUCCUAAUGUCUAAUCUCUCAGGGCUGGUAGACUAUAAAGUUCUGGAGAGUUGGUUAAAUGGAUAUUUAGAAUAUUUUUCACUGUAAGUAAUAUAAUUCUAUGAAAUAUUUAAGCAGAGAUGUAAGCACAUUCCAGUGUAGUUUUCUUAAAGUGCAAUAUCUUGUUCAUUUCGUGUCGGUCGUUCGAGCACCUACAUUUUUUUCUCUCUCAAUGAGUGCACACACUUAAAAAACUCUUUUUGCACCUGUGUGUCAAACUGUGUUGUAUUUAAUGCUGUACCAGAUCACCUUUUCAAUAAAGGUGCUUGAAAAACGGA